AUGCGUCUCCCAUACGUCCCAGACCCUCCCCCUACCAGUACACCCGACGAGGCAAAGAUUCUGGCUAGUGUUCAAGCCCGCCGAGCUCCGAAUCCUCUCCUUCCACUUGAUCUGGCGCUGUUGCACUCGUUUCCUGUCGCAGAUGGUUGGAAUUCGUUCAUUGGUGCCAUUCGCACCCGCACAAGCUUGACUACUGUGAUUACAGAGCUGGCCAUCUGCCGUGUGGCUGUCGUCAAUGGUGCCUUGUUUGAGUGGGAGCAACAUGCACCGUUGCUCAAGGCGGGAGGGCUGAGCGAAGAAGCUCUCGCUGCAGUGGGGGAUGCGCAAAUUGAUCUCUCCGGUGAGGUUGCCGGGAAGGUCCUCGAGCGGGAUCAACGAGCAGUGCUGAGAUACACGGAUGCCAUGACCAAGACAGUCACCGUGCCGGACGAAGUUUUCCAGGAACUGAAGAGCUGCUUCAGUGAUCAGGAAGUGGUCGAGAUUACGGCGACGGUGGCCGCGUACAACUGCGUCAGUCGGUUCUUGGUGGCAUUAGAUGUUGGCGAGAAGAAUCAUUGA